AUGCUUUUUAUCCUUUGUUUGAUUACCAUCUCUUCAACUGCGCUGGCGCAGUCAUUUCAAAUGCCCCCGUGUGCACAAUCAUGCCUUACGGAGGUAUUUACUAUGGGAACUUGUUCGCCGACCGACUUUGAAUGCACAUGUACCAACCCACGAUUUCAGAGUGACAUAGAACUAUGUGAUACUUCGGAAUGUUCGAUCAUCGAAGCUUUAAGUAUGUGCGCUUGGUCAUAUUGGAGGAACUACCUUCUGAUACCUCUCAUAGCUGCCAAAAACAUCAGCUUAACGCUGUGCGGGGCUCCAGUACGAGAUCGAGGACCACAAUAUCUCGUUAUGACACACACCCUGUUCUUUCUAUCACUCGGUUUCACACUGCUUCGUUUCGGGUACAGAUUUGGAGUGGCCAGAAUUGAAUUCGGAUAUGAUGAUCUGUGUGCAUUCGCGGCUUUCCUAUCAAUCAUACCAUGCGAAUUCCUCAUAGCUUUGGGGGCGGUGAACAACGGCCUUGGAAAAGAUAUAUGGACGCUGCGACCUGAUCAGACCACCAAGAUGUUAAAAUUCUUCUAUGUCCUGGCUGUCUUGUAUUCCCCGCAUAUAGCCUUCAUAAAGAUGAGCUUACUGUUCUUCUACCUUCGGCUGUUCGUCGACACAAUUGUCCAGCGCAUUCUCUGGGCUUCGAUUAUAUUCACAGGGCUCUGGGGCACAGUCUAUUCACUGGUGUUCGUGUUCCAAUGCCGUCCCGUCCAUUAUUUCUGGAAACAGUGGGAUGGUAGCCAUCAAGGCACCUGCCUCAAUUUUAGCGCCAUAAUCGACUCUCAAGCCGCCAUAAACAUCGCGUUGGAUUUCUGGAUCCUCGGAAUAGCGCUAUGGCAGUUGCGCGGUCUCCAGGCAACUUGGCAGAAGAAGACUGGAAUCGGAUUCAUGUUCAUGGUUGGGUUCUUCAUAACCAUUGUCACAAUGAUACGUCUCAAGGCGGUGAAUGAUUUUGCGUUUACCAAGAACCCGACUUGGGAUUUUUACGAAUCUUCGGUCUGGACUGAGCUUGAGAUGUGUGUGGGAGUCAUCUGGUAA